AUGGAGAUUUACUCUCAAAAACAACUGUAUGUUUUCAGAGAAAUUGAGGGUAGAAGGGGCGUGGAAUGGGGUUUGGAAUUAAACUUGGAAGAAUGGAAGGUGCCCAUGUUGAGAGAAGAAGUUGCUAAACAAUCCGGCUGCUCUGAUGGUCCACAGAUGAUCAACUUGACAUCCUCCGGCAAGGUUUUGAAAGACGUCGAUGGCACUGAAAAGUUAUCUCAAUUGGGUCUUAGAAACAAUUGUAAGGUUAUGGCCACUAAGAUCUCCGUUGAUCAAGGCAAAUUGAAGCAAGAAUGUCUCGCUGAAGAAGAGCGCUGGUUUUACCUUUUGGUGGAUUCUUUCAAUUUCGGGCAUGAAAAUAUGUGGGGAUUGUUUGGUGCGCCUGCCAUGGCCGGCAAGAAGAAGAAAGGCAGAGCUCCACAACUAGGAAGUCCAACUGAAUUAAAACCUUCUGAUUCAAGCACGAAGGAUGUUUUUGAGAUUGGGGAUGGCUCAAAGAGAUCUGGAAAACUGAGGUCAUCGGGGGAGAAGGAUGAUGAAGUGGAUCGAUUAGUCGCUGCAAUUGAAGGCUCUGCUAGAUCCACAGGCGGAGAUAAGGGUAAAACGCCGGCGAAUCGAUUGAUUGAGGAACGUAGCAGGCUCAGUGAUGGAUACCAACCUGAACAGCCAUCUGGGAAGCUGCCAUUCUUUCAACCUAAGGUGGUUGAUGGUCAAAAAAUAGGGCGAAUGGCUGAUGAUUAUAUGGUUAAUAAAAGUAGAGUCCAAUAUGCACGUGUACUGGUAGAGAUGGAAGUAACUGAUAAUGUCCCUGAGAAGCUGGUUUUCGAAGAUGAAUUUGAAGCAGAAAAAGGUACAACCAGUAGAGUUGUGAAGGAAGUUGAGGGUGGAAGUGAUCAAGGGAAUUUAGUACUUGCCAAAGAUACUAAGGAAGAACCUGUAGUGAACCCUCUUGAUGGGGGAUCUUACAAAGGGUCUCAGCGUAAUGAAAAGGAACUAGAUCCCAAGGAAGGGGCAGGUGUAGGGAUGAACCAUGAGAUUGAUAAAGGAAACAAAAGGGAUAAGGAUAAAAAGCGAAAGGACGCAGGUCAUGAUCUGCAUGAGUAG